CAAAUGGGUUUAUAUGCCUCAACCCUUCACCAACAAGAUAAAGAUUAGGGUUCGACAUGGAUCUGCCAUUAACUCCAUCGAACUUCAAAGUUACUGCACUGAAGGUGAAGGCCAAAUAUCCAUUUUUGGUGGUCAGGCUGGCACGCUAACGGAUACUAUUUGCGUUGAUGGAACUAAUGAGUAUUUGAUGUCAAUAAGUGGGACUCGUAGUUGCUUGUUUGGUACCAAAACUGUAGUAGUGGACUCUAUAUGCUUUAUGACAAAUUUGAACCUUUAUGGUCCCUAUGGUGUCAGUUAUGGCGCUACCUUCUCACACGAUGUCAAAGACAGGGUGGUCGUAGGAUUUCAUGGGCGUGCUAGCGAUUACCUCAAUGCUAAUUGGAUUUAUGUGAUGCCCAAAUCACUUGAAUUAGAUUCAAACUCUAAGAGUAAAGGAAAAAUCAUGUCUGAGUUAUGCUCUAGUAUGUCUAGAAUGGUGAUGCCAAGAGACGUAGGCCCGAGGGGAGCAGGCGGAGGUCAGUCUUGGGAUGAUGGAGUUUUCUCCACUAUCAAACAAGUUCGUGUUCAUGUAGGAGAGCUGAAUGUAAUUUACGCGCUUCAGUUUGAAUAUCAGAAAAGAGAUGGUACAUCCGUUUUGUCACAAAUCCAUGGAGGAACAAAUGGACUUGAAAUAAAAAUGGUUAAUAUGGAUGAUAAAGAUGAGUUUAUUAUAGGAGUAUCUGGAUUUUAUGGACUUGUUGAAGGGUAUAAAGGAUUGAAAGCUAUUGUGUCGAUUAGUUUUCAUACAAACAAAAGGAUUCAUGGACCUUAUGGAGAAGAACUGGGUGCAAGGUGCUUUUGUUCAACACCAUCUCCUGGAAAAGUGGUUGGCUUUCAUGGAAGGAAAAAUGCUUUUUUAAAUGCAAUUGGUGUUCAUAUGGAGAAUUUUUGA